UGUAGUUGCCAUGUCUACCAACAAAGACUCAAAUACAGUCAAGUGCGGUUUCUUACCACAGCCCUUUAAGCUCCUAGGAAUUUUAGAUGUUGAGAACAUUCCCUGUGCUCGGGACUCGGUAUUGUAUGGUUCAUUAGGAUCUGUUGUGGCUGGCCUUGGACAUUUUUUAUUAACUAGUAGGAUUAGAAGAUCAUGUGAUGUUGGAGUAGGAGGAUUUAUCUUGGUGACUUUAGGAUGCUGGUUCCAUUGUAGGUAUAAUUACGCAAAGCUAAGAAUCCAGGAAAGAAUUGCCAGAGAUGGAAUUAAAAAUCAGAUUCUCUACGAAAGUACCCACCUUGAUCCUCAAAGAAAACAAAGCAAGAGCGGCAGCUGAGCAGGGUCUCAAGCAUUGAAAACCCAACGGUGGCUGCAGGGGUCGGUGCAAAUCACAUGG